AUGAAUCUAUUAUUAGAUUAUUUAAUGCCUGAAUAUGAAAAGAAUUGUUUAACAGAAUACGUUGUGAAUCCUGAGAAUAAACUUGUUUUUGUUUAACAUAAAGCAGAAUUAUAUCAAUAAUAUGUUUAAUUAUUUUGUUAUUUUUAGCGAGCAGCCAAUGAGAAAAGUGCUCUUGAUAAUUUUGCUUUAUCUAUAAAGAUAGAAACAAGAGAUAUUGAUGCUAUUUUGGAGGCUAUAUCAUGCAAGGAAAAAUAUGAAUAAAUUAAAUAGAGUUAUUUGACUAAAUUAUGUAAUUUGAGUAAUGAGAAAAAGGACAUUGAGAAUGGAAAAACCACAUUGAAAUCUUUGUUCAAUUCAAAUAAGGAAGAAAUCAUUUAGAAAACAUAAUAAUAAAUAGAUAAUGUAAAACUAUAAUGAUGAUUUUUUAUAGGUCUAGAAAGAGAUUGAAUAAUUGACAAAUUUAUGUGAUAUCAUAACAGUAAUAAUUGGAUAUUACAUAUUACCUAGAUAUAAGGUAAUUUUUAAGAAUUUAUUAUAAGCAAGAAAAAGAAAAGAAUUAUUAUUCCUUAUUGAAACAGAUGGCAUAACAGUAAGUCCAGAAAGCUUAAGCAGAGAGAAAUUAUUGGUUAGAUUUAGAUAAAAAUCAAAUGUUUUUGGAAGUUUUAAAUUGA